AUGGCGUCGGCACUUUUCUUCCUCGACCUCAAGGGCAAGACCCUUCUGGCCCGCAAUUAUCGCGGAGAUAUUCCCAUGUCCGCAGUCGAGAAAUUCCCCAUCCUCCUCAGUGAUGCCGAAGAAGAAAGCUCAGCAGUGCCUCCCUGCUUCUCGCACGAGGGAAUCAAUGUGCGUAACGCCGAGUCUGGGCAUUUGGCCUCAACCACACUCACUCCUGAGUGUCUCCUUUUCAACCUCUAUAUCCUUGCUUUGACCAAGCGAAACACAAAUGCUACCGAAAUUCUACUCUUCCUCCACAAGCUGGUGGAGGUCUUCACCGAAUAUUUCAAGGUACUGGAGGAGGAGAGUAUCCGGGAUAACUUCGUCGUCAUUUACGAAUUGCUGGAUGAAAUGAUGGAUUUUGGGUACCCGCAGACGACAGAGAGCAAAAUUCUACAAGAAUACAUCACCCAAGAGUCACACAAGCUGGAUGUCCAAGCACGACCACCCAUCGCCGUCACAAAUGCUGUCUCCUGGCGUAGCGAGGGGAUACGCUACCGCAAAAACGAAGUCUUCCUCGACGUGGUCGAGUCCCUCAAUCUACUGGUCUCGGCAAAUGGAAACGUCCUGCGGUCUGAGAUUCUGGGCGCUGUCAAGAUGAAGUGUUAUCUGAGUGGUAUGCCAGAGUUGCGAUUGGGCUUGAACGACAAAGCCAUGUUCGAGACCACGGGUCGUGCUACACGAGGCAAAUCGGUCGAGAUGGAGGACGUGAAGUUCCAUCAGUGUGUCCGACUCUCGCGCUUCGAGAAUGAUCGCACAAUCAGUUUCAUCCCUCCGGAUGGUGAGUUCGAGCUCAUGAGCUACCGACUGAACACACAAGUGAAGCCGUUGAUCUGGGUGGAAUGCAUGGUUGAAUCGCACUCGGGAUCCCGAAUUGAAUAUAUGCUCAAGGCCAAAGCCCAAUUUAAACGCCGCAGCACCGCAAACAACGUCGAGAUUCUCGUCCCCGUCCCCGAAGACGCAGACUCCCCACGCUUCCGCACAAACAUCGGAACCGUGCACUAUGCCCCCGAGAAGUCGGCCAUCAUCUGGAAGAUUAAGCAAUUCGGCGGUGGUAAGGAAUUCCUCAUGCGCGCAGAGCUGGGUCUACCUUCCGUCAAGGGCGACGACGAGCGCGGCGGUGGUAUGACCGGUGGAUUCGGAGGCAGUAUGGGUGGAGCCGGAGGUGUAGGCAAGGCGAAACGUCCCAUCAACGUCAAGUUCGAGAUCCCCUAUUUUACGACCAGUGGUAUCCAAGUGCGAUAUCUGAAGAUCACCGAACCAAAGCUGCAAUACCCCUCUCUCCCUUGGGUGCGAUACAUUACACAGUCGGGCGACAUUUCCAUGCGCAUGCCAGAUAUCCAAUGA